CUCUGUAAUCCAUCAGGGAAGGAAGGUGGCUUUCGGGCAGUUGACUGGCUUGUUGAAUUGAUGAACCUCUAUAUAAAAGUUGUUUACUUGGGGACAGGAUCUGUGAAAAUGAUAGAAUACAUCAUUAGUCAAUCGUCCAUAAUCCAGGCUUAUAGAACUUGCAUUGAGGACAUCGAGGAAGACUACCACAUACCAGAUCGAACAUUGCAUCAUGCUAGCCCUGAUAUAGAAUCCAGAUUAGUUGCUAUGAUGAACGAGCUUUGUAACCUUCGCCCUCACAAGUAUGAGAAAGGACGCACUUCACCUGCUAUCAUUGAAGACCAUUUCCAGAAAGGGUUGGAGUUGUUG